GCCGGCGAGCGCCCCCUUGAGGCGGAACUCUGUGUGUGUCUCAAAACAGCACCAGGCAACACUGAUUUUUUUUUCCUCGGGGAUUCAUUGUAUCCUGGAAGCGUUGUGCGCUCUUCAGUUUGACGUGUGUAACUGCACUUCCGGCGGUAUCUGCGCUAGAAUGGCUGCAGUGUUUACGUGUUGUUUGGGCUGCUGCGGGGAUGGCGGACCGGGUCAUGCUCCCCUCAAAGAGAUGCCCACCGUACAGCUAGACACGCAUCACAUGGGGACGGAUGUGGUCAUAGUGAAAAGUGGGAGGCGGAUCUGUGGAACUGGAGCCUGUCUCGCUAACGCCCCUCUACACCAGAACAAGAGCUAUUUUGAGUUCAAGAUCCAGUCCACGGGUGUUUGGGGGAUCGGUGUGGCCACUCAGAAGGUGAAUUUGAACCAGGUGCCACUGGGCCAAGACACUAACAGUUUGGUGCUUAGAAACGAUGGAUCCAUAUACCACAAUAAUGAGGAGAAGAAUCGAUUACCUGCCAACAGCCUUCCUCAGGAGGGGGAUAUAGUGGGGGUGACCUAUGAUCACGUGGAACUGAACUUGUACUUAAAUGGAAAGAGCAUGCACUGCCCAGCCUCAGGUAUUCGAGGGACUGUGUUCCCCAUAGUUUAUGUGGAUGACAGUGCCAUCAUAGACUGCCAGUUCAGUGAUUUCUACCAUACUCCACCUGAAGGCUUUGAGAAGAUUCUGUUUGAGCAGCAGAUCUUUUGAAUUGUCAGCUGUGUGUGCAGACACACACACAAAGUCUCGAGCUGAACUGUGUGUGUGUGUGGCAGCACGUGGUUCGAUUUCUUUGAAUGUUGCUUCUGCCUUUGCUGUUACUACUGCUGCUCUUGUUCAUUUGGAAGAAAAACCAGGCUUUAUUUGUGUGUCUCUCUCUCUCUCUGUGUGUGUUUGUGUGUGUGUUUGAGAGAAUCGUCAACCCAGAAAACACUUUACAUAAGCACUGAAGACACUUACUGAUAUCUAUUUUCUGUAGUGGGUGAUAUUGAUGAACUGAGCGUAUCCUUUUAUUUAAUGUUAAUGUAAUGUACAAUGAUCAGCAGCUGAUCAGCUCUGUGUGUAUAUUUGAUUUACGUAGAAAUUACGGUUGAUUUAUUGUUUAUCUACACAAAUAUUGGAUUUUUUUGUUGUUGAAUGAAACAACUGUAUUUGCACUAGUCACAUGUGAUUGAAAAUCAAACCAAACCUCUCUUUUGUCUGCUACUCUCAUUUGAACUAGCCAUAUUGAUAAAUUGCUAACAGUAAAUAGCAGUUUACUGUAUUUUAACAUCUUACCUCUGUGAUCUCUAUUGCACAUAAUAUUAAAUAAGUGACUUUUGGGAACAGAUUUCAGUCAAAUAACCACUAAAAAAUUUCAGACAUGUAUGAAUCUAUUUAACAUGAUACUUUUUUGCUGCUCUAAUAACUUACAUAACUUUUGUUUUAUCCAGCUGUAUUUACUCCGUGCAACUUAUAACAUCCAAGUUAAAGAGAUAACACCAAUAUGUCAAAAACACCACAUCAGAUUGUGAUUAUUUUCUGUACCCACAGUACAUACAUUUUAUUCCCACAACAAAAUUUACCACCAAUUCUUAAGACUCAUUUUUAACAGCAUGGCCAUGCAGCUACUUAAAGACAAUGUGCUUUUCAGGAAAGGUGCUCUGAAAAAGUUGUCCUUUAAGACUUCUCAAAUCUGUUUUUUAUCCCUCUCCACCCCAAAAGCUUGAAUUUUCAUUGUACACUGUCUUAUGGUACAUUCCACAAGUGCUGUAUUUAAUAAACACAAGUAUUCUAUGUG